CACGAUUGUGAACAUUAUUCGCACCGAUUGAAUUAUCUAUUCGAGAAGCCAAAAAUCCGGACAAUCAAACCAAGAGUGGUGUUUUCUGAUGUUCCAAUGAUGAUUACCUUAUCGGGCCAAUAUUUCACUCAAUCGGAUCAAUUAUCGCUAGUUUAUAACGACGUGGAUGAAAUAAUGUUCUGGUCCGACAAUAAAACAAUCAAAAGCCCAUAUCACUGCAAAAUUCAGCAGAAAACAUUCGAAUCGAUUCGAUGCAUCAUCGAACAUGUCGACCAUACCGCCAAAGAAAUCAAAUUGCACAUGCAAUAUUCACGGAGUGUUUUUCAAAUCAAACGUUCCGGUAUCAAAGUUGAAACCGGCAUUGCAUUAUCGGUAUUGGCCCAUCAUGAUUUCGAUUCCAAUGAUUCGAACCCUGAUCCGAUAGCAUUCGAAUUAAAGAUUUCUGCAUCGGUGAUUGGUGGAAUGUUGAUGAUAAUCUGCUGUUGGUUUGUCUAUUCACGAAGACAUUAUUUUCAUCAUAAUUUGGAAAUUCUCAAACUCAAAUUCUAUUUACGAAAAAUGCAAAAACAGUUACGACAAAAAAAACUCUAUCUCGAAUAUGAAUCGGUCCAAUAUAAACGAAAAUUGGGAGAAGGAAAGUUUGGCGAGGUAUAUUCGGCUCGUUUGACGACAACAACCGACAAUGGUCAACAACAACAGAAUGUGGCCAUCAAAAGACUGCGAAGAGAGAGCAGUUAUUUUCGAAUGAAAAUGUUCAUCAACGAAGGAAUCCAGAUGAGUCAAUAUAAACAUGAUCGCAUUCUCAUUCCCUUGGCCAUUUUCAUCGACCGUUCCAAUAAUAUGCCCUCGAUAGUGAUGCCAUUGAUGGCGAAUGGUGAUCUAUGCCGUUUCCUUCAACAACAACAACUUUUACCUAUAGUGCAUUUGUUGAAAUAUUCCCUGCAAAUAUCUGACGGUAUGAGAUAUUUGUCGGCCAAAAAUUUCAUUCAUGGCGACCUAGCCGCCAGAAAUUGUUUGUUGGAUGAAAAUAAUGAUAUUAAAAUAGGUGAUUUUGGUCUUUCAUGUCAGCUUUACAAAAAAAAUUAUCAUGUGCUUGACGGAACUUAUCGACCAAUUCGAUGGAUGUCGAUCGAAUGUUUGCAGGCUAAAAAGCCCAAAUUUACCAAACAAUCCGAUAUCUGGUCAUUCGGUGUAGUGCUUUGGGAAAUAUUCACAUUGGGAUCAUAUCCAUACGAAAAUCUGAGUGACGGGGAUUUAUGCCGAGAUAUUCUCAAUGGAUAUCGACUAGCACCACCAUCUAGUUGUCCGGAUGUAAUCUAUUCGCUCAUGAUGCAAUGUUGGUCGCAAGAUCCCACAAAACGACCCGAUUUCGAAUCGAUAUUCAAACAAAUUGACGACAUCCUCACCAAAAUCCAACAACAACAACAAAUCGAAAAUGAGAAUGAUGAUGAGGAAUUGCAGCCUCAUCAAUCCAAUUUGGUCAUUUGUAAAUAUCAAAAUUAUACCAGUCUAGCCGAACGUUUGAUUCGUUCGAAUUAUCAUGCAGAUGAUGAUGAGGAGGGGGAGGAUUAUUUUGAAUGUUGUAUUGAUGAUGAUUGAACUAUCAAUAAAUAAUGAGUAUUAUCAAUGA